GCUGAACCUGGAGCAUGCAUGGAGGCUUACUACAACCAGCUCAAGCGCAACACCCUGAAAUACUUAUUGCAGGUUCGAGGGGGCAACGGCAGCAAUAAGACUAAGCGCUGUAUUGUAAGUGAACUAAUGGAGCUGGACAGGGAAAGCGUGGCUGCUGCAACCCCGUCUGUACGUGUAGAAGAAAGCGAAAG